AUGGCUGCUGUGACCAAGAAUCUGGCGUUCGGCAUCACUGCGUCAACAUCAUUCGAGCAGCCUUUUCUGCUGGCCAAGCGAUUUUCCACCUUGGACCACUUGACCAAUGGUCGACUGGGUUGGAACAUCGUGACUUCAUACAAGAAGGCAGCUUUCAAAGCCAUUGGAGUCGAUUCGCCCAUCGAGCAUGACGAGCGAUACCGCCAGGCGGAUGAGUACCUGAGGGUACUUUAUAAACUGUGGGAGGGUUCUUGGUCCCCCGACGCAUUGUCACCCAACCCCGAAGCCGAUUCGUACAUAGACCCGGAUAAGGUCCGCCAAAUCAACCACAAGGGCAAAUACUUUGCACUGAACACACGACACAUCGUCGACCCAUCCCCGCAGCGGACACCAUUCCUGUUCCAAGCCGGAACCUCACCGGCAGGAUCUGAAUUUGCUUCGACUCACGCAGAGGCCAUCUUUGUCUCUUCUCACUCGCCAGAGGUGCUGCGACCCAAGGUCGCAAACAUUCGCAAGCUUGCCGCCGAAAGAGGUCGCGACCCGCAAUCUAUCAAGUUCUUUGGCACCUUCACACCGAUCGUGGGCGAGACAGACGAAGAAGCAUGGGCCAAAUACGAAGAGUUGAAGAAGUAUGCAUCGGUUGUUGGCGGUCUGGUACUUUUCAGUGGAUGGACUGGGAUUGACAUUUCCAAGAUCCCCUUAGACCAGGACCUGACGGCAGAAGACUCAUUGGAAGCCAAUAAAGUGACCAGUCUGCUGGACUCGUUGCUGAAGACCAGCAAGGAUGUGCCGCGAUGGACGCCUCGAAUUGUAGCUGAGAAGGCUGCGAUCGGUGGCCUCGGCCCUGUGGGUAUUGGAAGCCCUGCUACGGUUGCUGAUGAGAUGGAGCGCUGGAUUCGCGAGGCAGACCUUGAUGGUUUCAAUCUGGCCUAUGUCACGACCCCGGGUACCUUUGAAGAUGUGGUGGACUUGCUGAUUCCUGAGUUGAGACGGCGUGGUCUAUACCCAGAGCUUCCUUCUCCUUCAGAGCCACCUCUUACUGCACGAGAGAAGGUGUUUGGCAAGGGUCAGAAAGAGCUUCGGGCUGAUCAUGUUGGCACUCAGUAUAAGUACGAUGUGUAUCAAGAGGAUGCGCCAUAUGUUGGUAGUGAUUGA